AUGCGGUCCUGUAUCCUGCUCCUCCUGGUCCCUUUGUGGAGCCUCGGCCUCACACAGGCCUGUCAGGAUGACGAGGUACCUCGCCAGGUUGUCCUGGCUUUGUUUGUGGAGCAGGUGAUGGAGAGUUUAGGCCUGGAGAAGCCCCCCCUGCCCGGCGUGCAGGGUCCUGAUGAGGACAGGGCUCCCCUCGACGCCAGGCAAGGACACAGGAGGUCGACUAGGACCAGCAGAGCAACACAGGCGGAGAACCACCAAGACCAGCAGCUGGGCGACUCACAGAUUAUCCUCUUCCCCAGUUUUGGUGACUCGUCCUGCAGCGGGUCCGGUCCAGCCACCAGCAGACACUUCACCUACUACUUCCAGCCGUCUCUGGACCGGCGGGAGGCCUCGGUCACCUCGGCCGACUUCUGGUUCUUCGUGGGGGAGGCCGUCUCGGUGAACUCCACCGCCCCGGUGUUCCUCCUCACAUUGGCGCAGGGAUUCGUUCAGGCGGCGGAGGCUCCGGCGCGUGUGAGCUCGGACGGCUGGGGGACGUACCGUCUGGCGCGGGAACUCCGGGCGAGUUUGCCCGACGGAUCUUUCACGCUCCAGGUCCGCUGCCCGGCCUGCCGGUGCGGCGGCGAGGCGGACCAGACCCCUUUCUUCCACAUCCGGACGCGGCGGCGGCGACGACGCGCGGACUCGGAGCGGUCGCCGCGCGACGCCGCCGCCCUCCGCUGGUCGCCCUCUGUCUUGGAGCUGCUGCAGCGCCCCCCGCAGGAGAGAGUGGAGUACGGCGACUGUCGGCGGGAGGAGAUCGACAUCAGCUUCGAGGAGCUGGGCUGGGAGAACUGGAUCGUCCACCCCAAGGUGCUGACCUUCCGGUACUGCCACGGGAACUGCUCGGCCCCGGACCGCACGGCGGCCGUGCUGGGCAUCAGGCAGUGCUGCGCCCCGGUGCCCGGCAGCAUGAAGUCCCUGAGGGUCACCACCACCUCCGACGGAGGGUACUCCUUUAAAUACGAGACACUGCCCAACAUCAUCCCGGAGGAGUGUACCUGCAUCUGA